UCUUUCUCUCCCCCUCUCUCCCUCUCUCUCUGUGAUGCUGUAGUCUCUCUCCAGUCUCCAGUAAACAGCAGUCAUGGCGACAGUGGUCCAACCGCUCACCCUGGAUCGAGAUGUUGCCAGAGCCAUCGAGCUGCUGGAGAAGCUGCAGGAGUCGGGCGACGUCCCCGGUCACAAGCUCCAGUCUCUGAAGAAGGUGCUUCAGAGCGAGUUCUGCACGGCCAUCAGAGAGGUGUACCAGUACAUGCAUGAAACAAUCACAGUGAAUGGCUGUCCAGAGUACCAGGCGAGGGCCACAGCUAAGGCCACGGUCGCAGCCUUCGCAGCCAGCGAGGGUCACUCCCACCCACGGGUGGUGGAGCUCCCCAAGACGGAGGAGGGGCUGGGCUUCAACGUGAUGGGAGGCAAAGAACAGAACUCGCCCAUCUACAUCUCCCGCAUCAUUCCAGGAGGCGUGGCAGAGAGACACGGCGGCCUGAAGCGAGGGGACCAGCUUCUGUCCGUCAACGGCGUGAGCGUGGAGGGCGAGCAUCACGAGAAAGCGGUGGAGCUGCUGAAGGCGGCCAAGGACAGCGUGAAGCUCGUGGUCCGCUACACGCCCAAAGUGCUGGAGGAGAUGGAGGCGCGCUUCGAGAAGCUGCGCACGGCCCGGCGGCGCCAGCAGCAGCAGCUCCUCAUGCAGCAGCAGCAGCAGCAGAACCUGGCGUCUCAGCAGAACCACAUGUCGUAGGGUGUUCCAAAAGAAGAAGAAGGAGUGAACAGGGGGGAGAGCGGAAAGGUGCAUCUCAGAGACCAUCUGUUUGUGUUGAAGAUCCCAAAGGAAAAACUAACAAGUGAAAGACUCUUUUACUUCCUCUCACUCUCUAUCUCUUCUCUCUAUCUCCCUCUAUCUCUCUCUCUCUCUGUGGCUUCCAGCGUUCCACCGAUAACCGAGAAAAAAAACCAGAGAGCCGUGACACACGUCCUGAAACUGGUGCUUCGAGGGAGGCGAGCGCUGAACGUCGUCCGGUUUAACUUUGUAUUCCCUCUAAUAAGCUGUUUCCCUCUGAUCUGGUUGUGGCUCUGAAACUGAAACUCCCUUUUCUCUUGUGUUUGUCGGUUUGUUUAUUUUUUGAUCGCUCUCGGACGUUACACCGUCUCUCGACAUCGAUAUCAUUUGUACAGUGGAUGUUUCUAUUGAUUCUUCAAUUGGUGCUUGUGUCUCUGUAUGAAUGACCAUUGAUUAUUGAUUUCUCUAUUUCUUUGUCCUGUUUUGGAUGAACCUGAACUUUUCUACCUUCCGAACUGUAGCAAGAAAACGUUUUUUUUUUAAUUUUAUUUGUAAUCUGGUAGAUUUAGCAAUAACAGAGAUUAUUUUCAGUUUCGCAUUUUAACACUGACUUCAUCGCCUCAUUCAUACAGACGGUAGAUACAGAAGUUGUGUCUCAAUUCAGGGGCUGCAUCCUCUGGAGGCUCCUUCAAACGCGUCCUUCCAAGUCCCAGAGAAACAAAUGCUCCAGCCAGCGGAUCCUUCUUGGCCCAACCUGUCCCAGGAUUCAUUGCACUUGGGUUAUAACCAUUUUUCAAAGGCGUAAUGGCGCCAGCAAGCACAGAAUCGUCCGAUGCUUCAACUCAACCGUGCAGCUAACGGUCCACAUAAUAAAAAAAAAAAACCAAGGGGCAUUAAAACGUUCUCGUCAUGUCCAACUUUAACUCUGUUGCCAGGUAACAGCAAUAAGGGACAAGAGCAUCUCACUUUGGUUCGGCCUCCGUGAAGACUGCCUCGUUCUGAAGGAUGCAGCUGAACUGAGACACAGAGUCCACGGGACGGGUGCAAAAAUACAAGCGAACUGGGUCUAACGCACCGAACGGCAGCUUCUGAGUCCAAAUCUGUGCCAUUUAAAGAGAUUAUUGAUGUACAGGAGGCAAAACAUGUGCAAUAAUUAUUAUUAUUAUUAUAAUGGCUACUCCCAGAUGAGAUUUAUCCAGAAAAAGAAUAAAUAUAAGCCUGAUCCGAAAUAUUAUUCAUGUCCUGCAAACUGAUUCAGCAGUUUCAUUAGAAUGAAACCAGAAUAAUGUUUAUUUUUCAGACGCUUCUAUUGAAUAGUUUAUGAGAUGAGAGAUUUUAACACAAAGUUUUAUUGUUCCUUUAGAAUAUUACGUGUUCGAUUAUUUUAUUAGUUGUAUAACAGCAGAUCCAGUAGUUUCUGUUCUGACGAUCAUAGUGAACUAUACGACGAGACUGUGUAGAACCUUCUUCUUUUCUUUUUCUCGUCUCAACCUGUUUCUCAACCUCCAGAGUCAAAGUGGUGAAUCCACCAGGUCUGUGUUUACUUCUCCAUUUUCUUCCUCCCAGAAACUUCACUUCUCUGUUGAUGCUUGUGUUUCUCACACUGUCCCGUGUUUUUUCUUUCUUUUGUUUUGCCAAAUCAUGCAGACUCUAACCCUGAGGCUGUUUUCUCUUUAUCCAGAGCAAAUACAAAACACAAAGCACAUAAUUUCUUGUUUAUGCCGGGGGACUUUUAUGUUUUUCCUUUGCAGAAUGAAAAAUUGCAGAUUAUUUCUUUGGUAUCAUGGAUUUAUUGAUCUAAUGUUAAGGAUUCAUUCUAUCACGUGCCACACGUUUCCUAAAUAACCUGUUUAGCGUUAAGGUCGCUCAGCGCCAAAGCUUUUUUCGUGUUCGGUGACAUUAAGGUUUCAGGUUUUAUGGGAAAUUCAAAAGUUUUUGUUCAAGCAGAACAUCUGAAUACGACAGAUCCCUUUUUGUAUCUUUCAAUCACAGGUACUUUUCUUAAUUGACUUGCAUUUUUGAAGCUGAUGGUCCUGUACUUAACGUAAAGAUAAAAAAAAGACAACACAACUGUUGAUAUGCAAUUGUUAUACAUACUAUAUUUGUAUAAAUAAAUCUAUGUGCU